AUGUGUACAGGCAUCCGCGUCCAAACCUGUCCCGAUUGCAAGCAGUCGUCCAGCGUACCAGUAUCAGGAAUAACUCGCGUCGCCACCAAAUGUCCCGGACUAAUUUUCAAAGACGAUCACACGCUGUCGCGGGGGCCUUGUGUGGACUGUUUGUUGAAGGCGCGCCAGAUUGCCGAGAGAGAGGCUGAAUAUAAGCAGCAGCAGAAUAGGAGAAGUGAAGCGAAGAAAACUCUUACGCCGGCCGAAUACAAGCAGCAGCAGAACCAGAAAAGUGAAGCGAAGAAAAAUCUCAAGGCGGCCAAGAGUGCGUGGAAGGCUACUGAUCCAACUAAGGCAUCUACCAAGAAGGUGGCUAAGGAUACUGCUAAGAAGACUCCGAAGAAGACCCGGGGCGCCGUGGAGAAGAAGACCCCGAAGAGGACGACUAAGGAUAUGACUGAUCAGGCUGCUGCGGAGGUGUUGGUGAACAUGUCUCAUUAUCAGCAUCAGAAAUAG